AUGGAGACCGCCAACGACACUCGAUCCAAUCAGGACGAAGGUUACACAAACACAGGGUCACCGUCAAGACCAGCAAAACCAUACUCAUUGACCAAUAGCACUGCGCGAAGCAUGAUCCCACCACAACCCGAGCCCACACCAACAAGAGAGCUUGACAUACUGGCAGAGUCCGCGUCGCCCGACCGAGAACAGCCACGCGAGACAUCUGGCGAUGCAUCCGUAUUCAGCUUCAGGAUGCCAUGCUUGACUGCUGCGCGCUUUGCAAGAGACACCAAUGCUACUCCAGCUUCCACCUACACUCAAGCGACGGAUCUAUCCAAUCAAACUUCAGAGCAGCGCAGCACUGUCCUCAAGCGAUCGAGGCGCUUGAGCGACGGAGCAAAAGUACGCGAGCUCGCAUCAAUACAACAACAACAGAAGGCGCUCGAUGCUGAAGAGGUACUCCUGCAGGUCGAGCGUGAGGCGUUCGAGGUAGAGUGCGCUCUGUCUGGCGCGACUUGGGCUCUACUGCAACGCGAAAUGUUCGGAGGCAAAUUAAAGAGCCACCGUCCCAGUCGUCCGAAGAAACUAGCAGUCUAUACAAGAGUGCCGGCUCAACAGACACUGUCGGCACUUUCGCAUUGGAUGCCGAUGAAUGCCAGCCUCGGUGGAAGACGUACCAAGGCUCGGUAUCUGUUCGACGCCGAAGGCAGUGCCUCGAUGGUCUUCCAUAUGUUCACCCGAAUGCCUCCUGAACUAAGAGAGUUCGUCUACGAGCUCGCAAUACCAGCUGGACACGUUAGCCUUCGAAGUACUGGCCACCACAGGUUUGAGAAGGUGGUCAUACCGGCUUGGACAAAUCUGGCUUUUGUGUCAAGGCACAUGUAUCUCGAAGCGAAGCGAUUCAUCUUCGAGAGGCAUACGUUCAUCUUGAACGUCAACAUGGGAACCACUGAGAACAACAGUAUCAAUACAUACCAGCUGCCCGCUCACGCCGAGCCUUGGAUCCGGCAUUUGGUCUUGGUCGUGGACUGCACUCGCGCUCCAAGCCGUGCGCACCUUGCUGAGGCUGACUGGCGCUUCCUUCAACGCAUGACCAGGCUCAAGAGCAUACGCGUCUGCCUCUUGCAUCUGAGAAAGUCACAUCUCCGUCCUACCCAAGACAGACGUCUCAUCUGCAGUGAGGUGGUGAGGAAUGUCAUGAUGCGAGUGCCUGCUGGCUGCGAGAUCGUCUUCGGCGCCCGGGGUCAAGGCGUCCGAGAUCAUGUUGAAGAUAUGAAGACCAAGUGCGCGAAGCGUCAGGAGACCGACCCGGUAAGUUGGGUGCCGGCACACUUGGGAAGGGUGACGGAUGUGUCAAGGGCGGAGCUGAAGGCAGCAAAGGCUCAGUUCGAGAGCGAUAUCACCCUGGAGAAGGGUCGGAUGCAUGGGUAUGCGAACGACUUCAGGCAUAGGGACCGCUACCUGAGAGGUUGGGCGGAGCUGCCUUUCGCGGAAGGCUUCUAG